CCAUGCCAUUAUUCGCUUUGAGUCAGACCAAAGCGACUCCGAUUUCAUCUCUAGUCUUUAUUCUCUCUGCUCGAUUCUUCUCCCUCGCAUCAGAAAUCGCCAUUUCUGAGUUAUUUCUCUGUUUUGGGUCUCCUUAUUAAUUUCUCUUCUUCUCUUGAACUUCUUGGUGGGGUUUCUGGGUCGUUCCGCUUUCGUCUUUUCUCUGUGAACUACGAAGUGGGUUUCUGAUUUUGGCUUCUGGGUCUGUUUGUGUUUUGGUUUUUGAUUUUGUGAGUUAGGGGAAAUUGGAGAUGUUGGGCUCAAACACCAAUUUGGUGACCACGGUAAUUGGAUUUGGCAUGAGUGCGACUUUUAUUGUGUUUGUCUGUACAAGAAUAAUCUGUGGAAGGCUGCGAGGGUCCUCGGAAUCUCAUAAUAUGUUUGAAUUUGAACCUAGGAUGGACAUAGAACAGCCAGAACAUCUUGUUAACCGCUCAGAACCUGUUCUUGUUACUGCAAUUCCCACCAUGAAGUUCAACCGAGAGGCUUUCAGUUCUAGUGAAAAUACACAGUGUGUGAUCUGUUUGGCAGAGUACAAAGAAAGAGAGGUACUGCGCAUCAUGCCAAAAUGUGGUCAUAGCUUCCAUCUUUCCUGUAUUGAUAUGUGGCUGAGGAAACAAUCCACCUGCCCGGUAUGCCGUCUUCCAUUGCAGAAUUCUUCUGAAACAAAGCAUAUGAGACCGGUAACGUUUAGCUUAGGGCAAGGUGACUCUCAGACUUCUGAAAGUGGAGAUAUUGAGAGGAAUACUGAACCUGUGCCGGGGAAUCCCUUGUCCUUAGAGGAAUCAGAUGCGGCAGAAGCGGAAACAAGGCAAUGAUGUGAGAGAGCCAAGCAAGGGCUUGUUGUGCUCAAAAUAGAGUAGUGUAUACUUUGUUCAUCCACAUGGGAGUGGAAGCUUCUGUUUGGGAUUCAAAUUCUUUGUCUAUAAUAUGGGAUUGGGAUUGAAUUGGGCGUGUAAAAAACAGGUAAUAUCACGUGUAUAAAGAUUUCUGCAACUUAGAUGCACAUAACAUGACUCCUUUAGACUCGGA